ACAGGCCUUCGUGGAUUCCAUGUUUACAAAGAAAUUUGGAAGCCCAUCGUCGGGGAGCUUUUGAGAUGUUCUCACGAACGAAAAAAUAUCUACGAUCGUUACGCAAUCGCAGCUAAAAAACGGCUCCGUGGUCGCCUGGCCCGCCCGAUUAUAGGCCAUUUGCCCAGAGAGAUUUCUAGAGCUACCCGCUUUUUCUUUUUGAGAGGUGGGAUGGUUCAUCUUAAAGUUACUGAUGAAAACUAUCGUCGAUCCCCAUUGAUUCAGGGAGGUCUGGAAAUUCCUGUUGGGGUGAUAUGUGAAAUGGACGAUACACCAAGGAACAGGGCAAUAAUGGAAAGA